AUGGGGAAGCCGGCAGCUCCCCUGCCCUCCUCCUGCGGGGUGGUGGCCUUGCUCAGCUCCGUGCCCUGCCUGUCCUGCAAGGCCCAGCCGCCCCCCGGCCCCGAGCCCGACACCGACAUGGCCGAGCCGGCCAGAGCGGCCUGCAGCUCGGCCUCCCCGCUGCUGCCGCCGCCCCCCGGCUCGGACACCGCGCACAAAGGCUGGCUCUACAAAUGGACCAACUACCUGAAGGGCUACCAGCGCCGCUGGUUCGUGCUGAGCAACGGACUCCUCUCCUACUACAGAUCAGCCAGGCAUUAUGAAGACUUUCAUUCAACCUGUGCAUAUUGCACCUGCUCACCAUCAUGCAGCGGCCUUCAGCCAGGAGGGGGGCCGGUAGGAGGCGCACUGGCAGUGGGGACUCAGGCCGAGAUGGCACACACGUGUCGUGGCACCAUUAACCUGGCCACGGCUCACAUCGACGUGGAGGACUCGUGCACCUUUGUCCUCUCAGACGGCGGUCGUACGUACCACCUGAAGGCGAGCUCUGAGGUGGAGAGGCAGCGCUGGGUGACAGCACUGGAGUUGGCCAAGUCCAGAGCCAUCCGCAUGUUAAACGACCAGUCAGAUGACUCCGGUGACGAAGAGCCGACCUCGCAGUCGGAGAAGAGCGAGCUGCACAGCACCCUGAAAACCCUGGCCAACAAACUCGACGACCUGACCACGUGCAACGAUCUCAUUGCCAAGCACGGGGCAGCCCUCCAGAGAUCCCUCAGCGAGCUCGAGAGCUUGAAGCUGCCGGCAGAGAGCGGAGAGAAGAUUAAGGCAGUCAACGAGAGAGCCACCCUCUUCCGUAUUACUUCCAAUGCUAUGAUCAAUGCGUGCCGGGACUUUGUGGAUUUAGCCGAGACCCACAGUCGUAAGUGGCAGCGAGCGUUGCAGUAUGAGCGCGAGCAGCGGAUCCGCCUAGAGGAGACCAUCGAGCAGCUGGCCAAACAGCACAACAGUCUGGAACGUGCCUGCCGUGGUGCUCCCUCACUGCCACCGCUCAACACACGACUCACCAGUGUCGCUCGAGUGAGUGCACGCCUCGCCAAAGCGGAUGCCAGUGAUGAAGAUGAUGAGACGGAGUACUUUGAUGCCAUGGAGAACGCACCAGAGUUUAUCACAGUAACUGCAGACCCCUCGAAACACAGGCGUACAGAGAGCAAUAUCAGUGGAACCAGCAGCGGUCAUACUGAUACCUGGAAUCUGGACGACCAUGUGUUUCACAGUCAGCACCAAGCUUCUUGCAAUGAAUCAGCAAGCGGGGAGGUACUGCCAAAGAGAAAGAGACGGACUCUCAUCCCAGACAAACCCAGCUACAGCCUUAACCUUUGGAGCAUCAUGAAAAACUGCAUUGGAAAGGAAUUGUCCAAAAUCCCCAUGCCUGUGAAUUUCAACGAGCCUUUAUCAAUGCUUCAGAGACUAACUGAAGACCUGGAGUAUCACAGCUUGUUGGACCUGGCAGCCAGGUGUGACAGCCCUGUGGAGCAGAUGUGCUACGUGGCUGCUUUCUCAGUGUCUUCCUACUCCACGACUGUGCAUCGCACGGCAAAGCCAUUCAACCCACUCCUCGGGGAGACCUUCGAGCUGGAUCGGGUGGAGGAGAGCGGCUUCCGCUCGCUGUGUGAGCAGGUUAGCCACCAUCCCCCCGCUGCUGCCCAUCACGUCUGCUCCAAUCGCGGCUGGACUCUGUGGCAGGAGAUCACCAUAGCCAGCAAAUUCCGGGGGAAAUAUCUCUCCAUCAUGCCACUAGGUGCUAUUCACUUACAGUUCCAAUCCGGGGGCAACCACUAUGUGUGGAGGAAAGUCACCUCCACGGUGCACAACAUCAUUGUAGGCAAGCUGUGGAUCGAUCAGUCAGGAGAGAUCGAGAUCAUCAAUUACAAGACAAAGGAUAGGUGUCAACUCAAAUUCAGCCCCUACAGUUACUUCUCACGAGAUAUUGCCAGGAAGGUGACGGGGGUGGUGAGCGACGCGGAGGGCAAAGCUAACUACAUCCUGUCCGGGACGUGGGACGAGAAGAUGGAGGGCGCCAAGAUUGUGCAGAGCAGCCGUGGCGGGACGAGCUGCGAGGGCAAACAGAAAACCGUCUACCAGACCCUGCCGCCCAGGGUGCUGUGGAGAAAGUACCCGCUUCCUGAGAACGCAGACAACAUGUACUAUUUCUCCGAGCUGGCUCUGACCCUGAACGAGCUGGAGAGCGGGGUGGCUCCCACGGACAGCCGGCUCCGGCCGGACCAGCGGCUGAUGGAGAACGGCAAGUGGGAUGAGGCCAACGUGGAGAAGCAGCGGCUGGAGGAGAAGCAGAGAGCCGUGCGGCGUCUGAGAGAGGCCCAGGCCGCGGAAGCUUCCGAGGAAGGGAGAGAAUGUGAAGCCUAUCAGCCUCGGUGGUUUGAGAAGAAGCAGGAUCCCGUCACUAAGGAAAUGGCUUACAUCUACAAAGGUGGCUACUGGGAGUGCAAGGACAAACAGGACUGGAAGCUGUGCCCAGACAUCUUCUGAGCACCGUGGACCCUGGCCUGAUGGACUUCGGAGUCUCUCUGUUCAGCCGCGAGAGACGAAGGAGGGCAGCGAGCCAGGCAGGUCCCCACUGCGGACACAAGCAGCAACACAUACAGGGCAGCUUUCUGGUACAGACAACACCAAUGCAAAUAAAAACCACAAACAGACAACAGCAGAGCAGUGCAGAACCCAGGGAUCCCUCAGCCACAGAGCCCUGAGGACCAUGGUUAGGUCAAAAGGAGUAACGUUUUGGGAUUGCUUGGUAAUGGGCACGAGCACCAGUAUUUCAGCAAUUAAGAUUCCCAACCCACCCCCCACCCCCCUACUUCUUCCACACACACAACCCCCUCCCCCCAUGUCUGUUCAUUUUAGGUGUGAAUGAGUCGUCCUUUACUUUUGAUUAUUUCCGAGACCAUUUUCCCUUCCCUCCCCUCCCAUCCCCG